GUUGAUAGCAACAAAAGAAUUUGUCAACAGUUUGAUCUGAACUCGAUUGCUCGGAGUCAACAUCGCCUGAAAAUAUUACUCUUUGUCUGUCGAUGUUUUGAAUAUAGCUGAAGGCUUCCUAGCAUCAAUACCAGCUGCCUGGAUAUUUCGUUAUUAGGCUCUGGAGAGUCAUAAUACCAUGAGAGGAAACGCGAUUUGAAAGAUAACAGAUAUAAGGAAGCAUCGUGCAACCUUCGUAGGAUCUGCUCUGCUUCGGCAGCAGAUCCUUUUUGACCGGUUAGUAUUAUUCGCAAGCUUCUGCUCCAUCAUUCGAGAAAGCUUUCCGGGCAAAAAGAUUUCGGUGUUAUCGUUGGGCUCGUAAAAACUUUCCGUUUCUAAUGGCAAAUACUUCCUUGUGUCCAUGUCGCCUGUCAUAAAUUACUAAGCGUUGCUAAGAGGUAUAGCGCUAUAAAAAAGAUAUGCCUUAUAUAGAAUUUCGCUUUACCUCGUAUCAUCUGUCAGUGUUUUAAUGUUAGGGUUAUAUAUAAAUGAAAGUUGUAUAAAUGAAUCUGUUACAUUUUAUAGAACGUUGGGGAAAUGAAUCUUUUCAUUUCGUCCUCUUGUCAAGACAUGUUGGUUUCAGUUAUCCUUUAUUGAUAUACAAACUGAAAUUUACAUGCAACAGGAAAAAGCGUGGAAUGUGACACAACCUUAUUCAUUAUGUGGUAUAGUUUCGUCUGAUACGGACUAAGUAUAAUUACUCUCCAUUUAGUUUGAGCAAUUUGAGCUCGUGCCCCAUUUUUGUUUCGGAUAUUUACGUGCCCACCUUACCCGGCACUUUCAGUGAAGCCUCUAUUAAGUGGAUCCCAAAUUAAGCAGACACUCUCUAUUAAGCGGACAGACACUAAGCCGGGUCCCGAAAUUAACGUCUUAUAUUUUCCUUUAUAACGAACCCCUAUUCAGCGGGCACCUCUAUUAGGCGGACGCAGACACCUAAAAUCAAUUGUAACUAGCUAAUUUCUAUUGUUAAAAACCUCUAUUAAGCGGACAACGGACCGAAUUGACUAUGGUAGUAUUGGAUUUUAGAUUCAAUACUGUGGAUUACGGAUUCUAGGUACUGGAUUCUGGAUUCCUUGUUGGUGGAACUAGGAUUCCUUUAAUGGGAUUCCAGAUGUUGUUUAGCUGAAUUAUGGAUUCCAAACCCAAGAAUUCCAGAUUUUAUAAACAAAAAAUUUCUCGCAUUUCAGAAUCCGGACUACCUUACAUGCACUACCUGGCAAUUAAUUUUAAUUUGCUCUUUUCUAUAUCUUUCCCACCACAGUUCAUUCAUAUGAUUGAAAUGGAAGCAGAGGAUAGCCAGGAAAGGUUCAUUAAAAAAAAAUGCCUUCCAGGCCUGACUGUUUGUGCACUGGUAUGUUUUGAAACACCGGAACAAAUUAGUAUAGUGUACGAGUAAACUGAAUGGGCAAUCAUCCUGGGGAGUGGGGCAGGGGUACAAAGGGCCAUCUUUCUUAAUAAGAGAUCGUAUUAAAUGAGGUCUUGAACCCCCGCCCCCCAGAAAAAAAACCGUGCUCUUAAAGUAGUAGCCUCUUCUACGGGCCACCCCCACCCAUUUAUUAAGGGAAAAGCCCUGGGGACGAGGUUUAGCAAUGCCUUUAGUUUAUUAUAAGAAGGUGUACGUUGUUACUUGCUGCUGGAAUUAUUUUUUUGAAGAACAAUUCAAGCCAACAGGACAUUAAGGCUUGUUAAUUAGAGUAUUGUCUGGUCUACUCUACAAUUAAAUAUUAGAAGGAUGCUGCCUUUAUUAAGAAAGACAGCAUCCUUCUUACAUUUUUUGCCAACAAUUUUUGCAGCUGACUGGUAUUUUCAUGAUUAGUGCUGGUAGUGCAGUGAUUGUUGAAGAAAAAACACAUGCUACAAUUUCUACCAGCUUACCUAUACAAAGAGCCCCUAUUGUUCUUCUUGUGGCUGGAAUUUUAAGCUUGAUUGACGGAAUUGUUUGGGCUGUUCUGUUAUGCUGCUGGAUCAAAAAUGCAAACUUUUGUGACCUGAAGAAAACAGUAGCAGUGGUAAGAAAAUUAUUUCUUUUUUUCAGGACCUUAUAACGAAACAUUGAUUCAUUGAUUCAUGAUAUGGUAGACUUCUAGGAGAGCAAGAGUUUCUCUUAAUUCUAUACCCCACCUGAGAGCCUCAUGUUCACAGGCUAGUUCAGAAUUUUAAAAAAACUCUUGUUACAUGUACCACCUGAACAUCACAUCAAAAUUUAUGGUAGGGUAUUUCCUAUAUAAUCCUGGAUUACUAGCAAUACUUGAACCAUUUCAUGGUUACCAGCACUUAAAAGGUUUCCUUGUGCAUCAGGAAGUAUCUUGGGCAUAGAACUAGAGGAGGUACACAAAAUUUUUAGGAACAAGGAAUUGUAAAAGUCCUGCAUUAUGAUAUAACCCUUAAACUCCAGCUGUCCCACAGCAAAUACACAACCGACAUAACUUCAUCACUGCAACCCAUUGUAUUUUAGUUGUUGUUGUCAGUUUUUGUUUCUUGACAGAUAUGGUAACAUUUGCAUAAACUAAGCCAUUUCAUGUAUAUUACAACAAACACCUAACCUUACACUCCUUACAUGUAUAAACACAAACAAUAAUAUUCUCCUGCAGGACCUUGGGAUGGGAGGAAAACUUUAAAAUACCGGUAAUCAUGUUACUAAAGAGUUGUUUCUCCUUAUUCCUUUUAGUUAACAGCCCUACUAUUAGCAUCAGCUCUUCUUGCAUUGGUUGCCGGAGGUCUUGGGGUAGACUACUCCAAAAGGGUAAAACAUGUCUAAAUUAAACUUGCGACUUUUAGUUACCAGGAUUAAGUGAUGUUUGCAUAAAAUAAUCGAAGGGGUGUUUACAUGACACCAGGGCGACUUUCGCACAGCAGUGAGUUCACUCCCGUGCCCUCUCAUGGCUCUACAUUUGUUUACAUGAUACCACCACAAAAUGUCAUGCCGGCGUAAGUCACUCCGGUGUGAGUUCACCCUGGUUGUUGUAACGAGGCGAGAAUUUCACUCCGGUACAAAAUCUCACAACCAUAUCAUGUAAAGGCGAAACGACCACACGUUUUGGUGUGAAAAUUGGUGUGCCCGUAGACUGGAAUGGGUAGCGCAUGCGCAACGUUUGCGAUUUUGAAUCUUACGUGUAUUUUAUCAAUGAACAUGAAGUAUACCUUCAAAUAACGAGAUGUGAAAUGACCCAGUCAUCAUGUAUACGCCAUACAAAACAAAACAGUCAUCCCGGUAUGAAACUCGUGCCGGUGCGAGUUUUCUCAUGUAAACACCCCCUUAGAGUACUAUACAGUUUUUGAAAAUUGUUGUUUUCAGAGGACAAUUAACUACGAUACUAAUUCUUGAGGCAAACGUUUGAAAAGCUAGGGUACGGAUAAUUUUAUUAAGUUUAUAUGCCUUAGCUGACAGUUACCAUUGUAAAAUCCGCGAAUUUUACCCAAAGAUGCUGAGAUCCUGGUUGCGGCAAAAUAGACAUUACUUACAGCCACAAAUCAACUUUAAAAACAUUUUCAUCUGCAGAUGCAAACUUUUUUGUGUGUUUUUUAUUUGUCCUAUAUUCCCAAGCGCAUAUUAUAAAACUUACCUCUAUGUGAAGUUUCCAUCCUCAAAACUUUUGCCUCCAACUUCUCGGCAGUGUCAGGAUCUGACGGCAUAUUAAUAUUAGUCGAUUGUGUAGCAGUUGUCAUCCUUCGAGUCGUUUUUUUCGCUUUUCUUGCUAUCUUUUCGUUUUCGCACUAAACUUCUUCACAUGUCAAACAGAUGUGCUUGCGCCAUUUUCCGAGAACCAGCUGAGCAGCCGCGCCUUGUCACUUUUUCUGUCAAUCGUACAGUCGGUAGUGCAGAGCUGGGAAAAAUGGUAUGCCUGAUGGCGAUGAACGGACAUAAAAACGUCGCCCGGUUACCUAACGAGAAAACGCCAAAAAACAAUUCAUUUCAAAAUCCAGGACGGUUACCAAGCAAAGAAUAAGUCAAAAAUCAUUCUUUUCAGAUUGCAAUUCCGUAAAAAUUCUAAAUACAGUAUGUUGCCCAGUAUCCGGACGGUACCAGUAUCCGGACACUUGAAACAAAAACUCAAUUUUUGAGGCGCCCUUUUCAGUUCUCGGUAAACGAAGUAUUCCGAUGAAAGCUGAACACUUCAGCUUUAAGAUGAAAGUUUUGGCGAUUUGAAAGUUUGCGAAACAGUCGCAGAAGACGCCCUUCUGUUCAGGUGAGUAGACUGUUUAUGGCUAAUAUUUACGCUGUUUACUGCGCAGUAAAAUUAGUGCUGCUCAGAAAAAGGAGGGUAAUGUGUGAUAUUUUCAAAGAAACUGUUUUAUUUUUAAAGUGGAGAUACUUAAGGAAGUCAGGUUUUCAGAAAGUUUAAUAAUUGUUCUUGACAUUCGAUUUGUUUGGAAUAACGGAGGCCAGAAACAUUCAGUAAGUAUUGAUGUCAGGUGCCCAGUAUCCGGACAGUUUUUCAUUUGCUGUAAAGAAUUGAUGAAUUAGCUGUGUACAUUAUCCGGAUAAGAUUUAUUUCAUAUCAGUAAUUAUAAUUAAAGCUUAGGAUAUAUGAUAUAGUCGUACAAUGUAAUUCUACUCAACUCCGUAUGGAAAUUUUCUUCACUCAUUCAGAGGCGACGUGAUUUCGUGAGCACGGCUUGUUUCGCGUGACUGCAUUUUCUAUAUAUAACCGAAAGCGUCUGAGUUGAACCUGGAAUUCUCAUACUUUCCCCAGUUGUGACUGCUAGAAUGGGGUUGUAACGGUCUGAAAAAUGUCACAAAGGGAUUGGGAGAUGUGAAAGAAGGAGCAAUUAGUGCUAGAAAAGCAGGCUUAUUGUUGGGACUGAGCAUGAAGAAAUCAACACUGAAGGUCAGACUAAAUAGGAGAGUGACCUUUGACCGUCGGAUUGAGGUCCCUUCCCCAAGCUUUUUUUUUAAAAAAAAAAAUAAAAAAUGAAGAAUAAAAGUCGUUUGCAGAUUGGCUAAUUGAGCUUGCAAACUCCGGCUUCGGUAUGUCCACGGACGCCUUCCUUAAACCAGUGAAAAAGUUCGUAGACAAGGAAGAGAGAAUUAUACCAUUUUUAAAACAACCGCUCGCGUUCCCCACCAUACCCCAGUCAUUUGUUAUGUUUUAUUUCAGGAUGCUAUUGUAGGUUAUAUUUUUGGAAUCGAUUGCCAGACUACUUUGCAAGUGCAAGAGAAGCUUAUAAGUCGCUUGCCUGUCGAAAUUUAUGUACAAUUACUUUGUUAUUGUUGUGUCCGGAUACUGGGCCAGCUGUCCGGAUACUGGGCAACAUAGGAGCUCUGCAAAAAUAUUAAUUUUGCAAUGGAAACAAAGGCAAAAAAGUUAAACUGUCUCUCGUCAUAUUAAGGACUAACUAGAUUUUCUCUGGGCCAAAUUUCAGAGCUCAUGCGACUAACAAAGGAAAGUUAUUGCAAUGUUAAACUGAAGUGUCCGGAUACUGGGCAACAUACUGUACCCAUUAUUUCGCUUUGCAGUUUGACUUCCUAACACUUUAAGACGGAACCCACCAGGACAUUGAGUAAUUUUGAUUUGCAGUGGACAAAAAUCUUGUACCAGAAUAAUUAAAAUCAUAAUUGCAAUGUUUUUUACAUUUUUUAAGGGCUAAAGAUGUAAUAAGUCAUCUGUAGUAAAACCCAGAAAAAUUUCCUAUUGGAUCCCCGGAAAAUGAAUGUCAAAUUUCAAAAAGUUACAUGAUACUCAUGAAAUUUUCAUAAUUUUACCUGGCAUGUGUAAUCACAAUUCGUGUGAAAUUUGACAUUCAUUUUCUCUGACUUCCAUGAGAAAUUUUCUUUGGUUUCACUACAGAUGAUUUAUUACACCUUUAGCCCAUGAAAAAUGUUAAAAAGAAUGCAAUUUCUUUAAAUUAUUCUGGUACAAGGUUUUUAUCCACUGAAAACUAAAAUUAGUACCACUUAAUUUCCUGGUGGAUUCCGUCUUCAUAACCCGAGCAAGUUUUUGUCAUGCGCGGUCAUAAGCAGUGAAAAUUGAUAUCAUAAACUAACUCGCUCGACCUUUGUUCGUUUCCUUUUUAGCCGCUUUAGGGAAACCCUGGCACUUACAGCACCAUUUUUAAACACUAAGUAAACUUUAGGGAAGAGAGGUAUAGAAAUGUAGAACGGGUACAGAAAAAUUAACCUAAUUCAUAUAUCUGGGUAUCAGCCAAUACAAAAUUCCUUUUAAAUGGGAAUCGAAUUUGGUAGCGACCCUGAACCUGUCUGUGUGAAUCUAUAAUUCACCCACAGCCGCUUACAGUGUAUCCUACUGUUACAGUAAAAGGAAGGUUUUUAUUUCCUACAUUUGAUGUAACUUUUGUUACUAAUUUUAACCAACUCUGUCUAGCUGAAGAGUAAGUUUAAAGAGGACUUAAAGGAAAAGAUAGGAGUGUAUGGAAGGACGGGACUGUAUGAAACGUUGGUUAAUGUCGACAAAUUACAAAAGGAGGUUAGUUGAUAAUGAAUUUACUCGUCCAGCUUUCAUUCUUAAUGCUCAGGCAGUUCAAAGCCUUCCCCCAACUCUGUUCCUGAGGCAUUUGUUGGGCAUUUGGGAGUUCGCAGGGAUUGAUAUGAAGACCGUUACGCCUUACAAAAGAUCGAUUGGCAUAAUUCCUCACAUCAAUACUCAACCCCAUUAAAAAACUGUUUUAUCGUUCAUUUGAAAUAUUCUCAAGCUCAAAACAUAAAUACUUUCAGGAAGGUUUUUUCAAAACAUUUCCUGAACAGAUCCUUUUCAGUGUUUUGUUUUUCUUUGUGAACAUUCCUCAAAAGGCAGUUUAUAUCUAUCGAACGGUGUUUCUGCGUUUUCUUUCUAUCAUUUUAGCCAAUCUUUGGCUAUUUCGUCUUCCAAUAUGUAGCUGUGCAUCUUUUGCCCAAUUUAUUUUGAGUUCAGCAGUCAGCACUGCUUAAAGACCAAAACAGCUCAGCUGCCUCGUCCCUGUCUUGCAUGGAGUUGAUCUUGGAUAGUUUAUAGUAAUGUGUUUUUUUCCUGAUUCUGCUCGUAAAAUUACAUCAUUACAAUCGAAGCUCACCUUGCAACUACUCUCGCACGCGACCAGCUGUGGUUACGACCACCUUCUCAGCAACCCCGUUUGAGCUGUGAUUUGAACUUUGCAAUGAAAAGCUCCCGUAAGCGACCGGAACCACUUUUGAGAUUACCCAACCGGACUUUUCCUUGGUUUUUACGCUUUCGUAAGCGACCACUCAGAGUCUUCUUCAUAUAAAGCAACACCCGAUAAAACACGAACUGUGAGUUUUUUGAACGGCUUCAAAAAUCUUGUGAUGUAGAUCAACUCAUUCUUGCACUAAUUUUUAGAUUUUAACUGUGUUAUUUUGGUCUAAAAAAAUUGAACUUAAAGUUUAGCCGUGUCUACAGAUAUGAAGGCACUCAUCAAACAUAAAUUUCUUUUUUCCUUUAUGAAUUAUGAAUGAGUUAAUUCUGAAGCUCUGGUAAGCGACCACCCUCUAUUUUUUCACCAGGCGGUCGCUUACGAGAGUGGAAAUCACUUUUUCGAAUUUCUGAGGUAGUCGCUUACGAGAGCGUCGACUGACCAAGGGAGAACAAUAAAGUUUGUUAAGGAGAAGAUAUUGGGAUCUAUGAUUCAUUCUUUCUUCUUAAACUGUCAUGAUGGCCUUGCAAUAAUUGAUGAUUACACUGUUUUGUCUUCAUUUUUAUCUUUACCUAUUUUUUUAUCGUGGAGGCGUUUGUUGCCGAGCGGUUAACACCUCGAACUCUGGAUCUGGAUUGGAGGACCGGGGUUCAUCCUGGGGUCAGAUAUAUAAUUUUAAUACCAAAACUCACGGACUGACAAAUCGGUUUGUAUUGGCCUGAUUAAGGUUACGCUAUACUUCAGAAAAUAUGGGCGGUCAUAUGUGGAGGCGUGUGUAGCCGAGCGGUUAACACCUCGAACUUCGGAUCUGGAGGUCCGGGGUUCAAGCUUCGCCUGUCACGUUGUUUCCUUAGACAAGGAAUUUUUCUCCACUUUGUCUCUCUUCACCCAGGUGUAUAAAUGGGUACCGGCGAUAUACCGCUGGGGGUUAAUCCUGCGAUGGACUAGUUUCCCGUCCAGCAGCGAGUAGCAAUACUCCCUAGCAUGCCUCAUGCUCCGGCCGUUUGAGCCCUUGGUUCAUUAGCGCCUUUACUAUUUUUUUAAAAUUAUUAUUUUACCUAUUUUUUUAUCAUUUUCGCUUUCCAAAUAAUGUUAUCUUAUCUUUCAGGACAAGUGUUGUGGAGUAAUAAAUUAUGCUGAUUGGCGAAACACCAUUUAUGGAGGUCACAGAUAUGACAAAGUACCAGACAGCUGUUGCCUCGAACAAAAACAUUCUUGCGGGUUUGAGUUCGAAUUAAGCAAGAUUAAACGUCAGGUACGAUAUUCGAUUGUUGUGAUGUGAAUUGUAACAUGACUAAACAUCAUGAAUUUUUUUCCCUUUGUUUUUUAUUGCCGUCAUCCUUUCUUUUAUUCUUCUUUUUUGUUUUGUUUUCUUUUAUCCGAUUUGUGUUACCCUGUGCGACUGAGGGGGUUUCCAGUGCCAUAAAAUAAACCUGCCAAUUGGUUCAGUGUUUAGAAUUAAUGAGAAUUAGCUUUUGCAAACCAUCAAUUUUUCAAUCACAAGGCCCUCAGUGUUUCGCAGAAGAAUGCCUUUCUUGGGAUCGUUGAUAAAUGGAAGAAAGAUUUCUUAAUGGGACUGUGUACCAGGUCAUUUCUACUAAUAUGUAGGGUGCAUAAUAGAACGGAUUGAAAAGCCUAAACUAUCUCGAUAGCUAUUUGAACUUUUGCGUUUUAAACGUUAAAAAUUGUGUAGCUAAUAUUUCUGGAUUUCAGUUUUUCGAUAUGUACCAUGGGCGGUGAAGUUCCUGGAUAAUUGUCCGGGCACUCCCUUUCUCACUCCUUAGGAUAGCCCUCCUCCUUCUGCUCCUGUAUGUGAUUAUGAUUAUGAUAAUUAUAAUUAGGAUUNAUGCUGAUUGGCGAAACACCAUUUAUGGAGGUCACAGAUAUGACAAAGUACCAGACAGCUGUUGCCUCGAACAAAAACAUUCUUGCGGGUUUGAGUUCGAAUUAAGCAAGAUUAAACGUCAGGUACGAUAUUCGAUUGUUGUGAUGUGAAUUGUAACAUGACUAAACAUCAUGAAUUUUUUUCCCUUUGUUUUUUAUUGCCGUCAUCCUUUCUUUUAUUCUUCUUUUUUGUUUUGUUUUCUUUUAUCCGAUUUGUGUUACCCUGUGCGACUGAGGGGGUUUCCAGUGCCAUAAAAUAAACCUGCCAAUUGGUUCAGUGUUUAGAAUUAAUGAGAAUUAGCUUUUGCAAACCAUCAAUUUUUCAAUCACAAGGCCCUCAGUGUUUCGCAGAAGAAUGCCUUUCUUGGGAUCGUUGAUAAAUGGAAGAAAGAUUUCUUAAUGGGACUGUGUACCAGGUCAUUUCUACUAAUAUGUAGGGUGCAUAAUAGAACGGAUUGAAAAGCCUAAACUAUCUCGAUAGCUAUUUGAACUUUUGCGUUUUAAACGUUAAAAAUUGUGUAGCUAAUAUUUCUGGAUUUCAGUUUUUCGAUAUGUACCAUGGGCGGUGAAGUUCCUGGAUAAUUGUCCGGGCACUCCCUUUCUCACUCCUUAGGAUAGCCCUCCUCCUUCUGCUCCUGUAUGUGAUUAUGAUUAUGAUAAUUAUAAUUAGGAUUUUAAUUUUGAUUAUGAUUAUGAUUAUGAAUAUAAUUAAGAUUAUGAUUAUAAUUAUGGUUAUGAUAUUGUUUCUUCUUUCUUAAUUUUAUUGUCAGGGUUGUUUAAAGGUUGCUGUGGAUAAGAUGAAUACAGACUUACUUGUUAUUGGUAUUGGAGGCAUUGUUGCUGCCAUAAUUCAGGUACGUGAACACCGUAUCCGCAUAUGAAUUCCAUUGCACAUUUUCAAAAAGAAGCCUGAUGAUGAGGCGUGAGAUUUCGUCUUGUAUUCAUCCAGGAGAGCAAUGCAACGUACGUGAUCUGUAAACCCUAAGAAGUCUAAAUAGUGAUACAUGUACACACUUAAAUCUACCUAACCAAGAAGAUCCCUUCUGCCUCCUUUCUAGAAAAUGUGUACGCGGAAAUUUUAUUAGUACCAGAACUAUACGUCGAUGUAGUUCCUAUUCUUCAACCGCUUCUCUGGACUCAAUUUUCAAGUCCAAGCGAGGCUUAGUAAACCCGAAUUGUGAAAAUGGCGCCAGUACUGAUUCCCAGUAAAAAACAGUAACUAGAGGGUCCCGAAGUAAGCCAGUUAAAGAUUGUUGCUUUUCAAUCUCCUAAACCAUGUUUAUUUCAUUAGUUUUAAUAGAACCAAAAUAUAGUGCAUUUGCUUUCCAGAUAAUCGUAGGCGUUGGAUUUUGUUCGUGUUACAUUCAUGAAUCCAGCAACCAAGAUGAACAUCGUUCUCGCGUGCAAGUUUCCUAUCGAAAGACAACAUCGUUACAGGAAAACGAAGAUGACCACGCCGCAGCCACACACGAGGGUGAUACUUCGGGUGCUCAAAGCAGUGAGAAACCCACUGGAGAAAAAUCGCCUGAAUCUAAAGUUGAGGUACAUCGUGGUAAAUCAAAAACAGCUCCAGAAAUGGAAUCCGAAAAAACUUAAUUCGAACUUUCCGCCACACCGAAAGGAUUCUUUGAUUUCGACCUAUCUGCUAGCACUGGGUUUUAAUAAUUUGUUUUUCCAAAUUUGUAUCAGUUUUUAAUAUGGCAUCGAGAAAAACGGUUCAAAGAAAACUAGCUCCUUGAUAAAGAAGCUAAUAGAAAGGUGGCAACGGUGCUAGAACAAGCCGACCAGAACUAUUUUCAAGGCACGUAGAGUUUUCCAAAAAGCACUCUCCUACUGCCCCUAAAAUGAUAAGACGCUGAUUAUCAGAAUGUACUGACAUCACUGCCGUGACUUGAAAUUCGGAUGUAUUAUCCUAAUAUUCAAGACUCUAGUGACUUUUUGCUCUUAAUUUUGACGUAUAAAUUUUUAACUAUUUGGGAGGCUCCACUCGAAACAGUAGGGAGUUUAAGAUGCCGAUCGCCACGGCGACGUGGGCGAAAACGUCACUUAAAAUGUGAAUGCGAUUUUUCCAAUUCACUUACUUUGUCAAAUGGAAUGCAACUCUUUCGGAGUUGCAUUCCUGAGAUUUAGAACCAUAUCCAAAUUCAGAAAUACAGCAAGAAAAUUUCGUCGCAGCUUAUUUACGUCUUCUACAACGUACGCCUGAAAUUAGGCACUUGACGUCGUAGUUGUGCAGUGACGUACAGAGCUGUUGUUUUGCACAUUUAGGCUGCGUUCACAUGGCAAUGCACGAAUUUCCACCGGUUGAAAAUUCGUGCGCUUAGUUGUUCUGUUCACACGAAACCAUCUUACCCGUACGAAACUUAAGACGUCUAGCCGUUCAAAGUUCCGUAUGAACUGAGCGAAAAUUAAAUAUCAAGCGGUUCCCUUUGAACAAAGCAGCCGGUCGGAAAUUCGUCCGGUGUUUUGUGAACAUCCUACCACGUGACAUGCGGACGACCAUAAAUCCAUCAACUUUUAAAAUGAAUUUGAAAACAUUGUUAUUUUCCCAAGUUUUUUCAUGACUAGGUUCUUAAUUUUUACUUGUAUAUGCUUAUAUAUCGAGAA